UGUGUCAGUAUCUUGUUAAAAAUGAUUUUAACUUUGCAAAAUUUGAACUUAAUGUCCGAACCACAACUCGUAAUUGUAUGAGGUGCUAUACCAAAAGGAAAGAGGAAAACUCAAAGUUCAUUUUCCUGGAAUUUGUCGGCAGCACACACACCGGGGUUGUUGCUCAUUUUCAGUUAUUAUUGUGAAAGAGUGAGGAUACAACAACAUCCAAAAUUUGGAGGAAAGGUUGCCGAAAAUUUUGAUAGCGGUUCCUUCGUCGACUGCGCAGAAGCAGGAUGACAGUUUAUACACAUAUGCAUCAUUUGGAAAUGUACGUGCAUAUGUAGAAAACGUAAACAAACCCCUAUAAUAGCGUAUUUACUGUAUUUUUAAGAUUACGCAUAUGAAGCAAAAGGCCGUCUGAGUUGUCAGUCGAUUUGUCUGUAGUCAUGUAAACUCGUUGGAAGCACUCGCGGUAGGACUAUCUUUCUUGUGACCCUUCGCUUAUCCCCCAGAAUAUUUAAUUGAAAUCCAUCAACAAUGGUUCCAUUCCACCGUUCAGAAUCUCUCAUCACGAAAAGCAGCGAACCCUUUUAUAAGCCUUUCGUCAAGUUGCUUUGUAAAGACUGGAAUCCUGGUUAGCCAGAUGUUGGUUUCGAUCCUAGUUUUGGGACCUGAAGCAGAAGGGUCCUUAGCCCAACAUCAGAGCGGUCAUAAUCUGCCCGAGAUCAGUUUUCCACAUACUCCCGACAGGAAAUGACAACAUACUGAGAAGACAAAAGUACGCGAAUUUGGGGACAACAGAAGUAAACUGGAAUGAACAUUUAAGUGUAUUUUAAUAAGCAUAUUGAAAUGGUAACCUAGCGGAGGUACUCUCAAGAACCCAGCCCUCCCACCGCUCAAACCUUACACCCACCCAUCUACAUACGAGAAAUUCCUGGUACUAGACUCGGGACGAACAACCUGAAAUGAAGACGAAGCGUCGACAGAAACCACAGUCAGUCUGCUUCCUUGAAUUCACACAGCAACAUUUUGAACGGAACUACACCUUUUAUCUACUUCAACUGAUCCCAGAAUGGAAAAAAGUACAUUCGUUGUUAUUGAUGCUCGUCAACCUUUCAGCAUGGCAGUUUUGAAACCUAACUUACCAGUGCCACUGCAGCAGACGCUACCUGCUUUAUCACAAAAUUUUUCGAACGAUCUUGUAACUCCUCAGUUAAUUUCUCAGACGUUUCCUAACAGCUCUCCAGUAAGUAGUCAGAUAAAUCAUAGAGAAAACUCUGGAUUAUCUGGCUCUUUUUUGCAAACCAGAGGUACUUUGCAAAUGGAAAAUUCAUCAGAUCCACAGUCUUUGUUCUCACUUCUUCCUGGAGUUGCUGGAGCAACAGGUUCGAGUACCUUACAUCUUCAACAGAAACCAAAUCAGGUUAUAACUGAAGCUCAGUCUUUAUCCCCAGUGUCAUCAAGUCUCCCUUCCGCAUCAUCGCUUCCUCCAAAUCCUAUAGUUGUAAUACCACUGUCUUCUGCACACACGGAGCAGAUGAUGGUUUCUUCAUUUGGUGGAAGAGAAGCCUCUUUACCACCUAUUUUGCAGCCACUUGUACCCACUUCUCAAUCACCAAACGUUGUUAUUGACACCACCGUAGCCAUGGCACCUCUCAUUAUAUCACCGACUGGAGAAACAGCAGCGACAGGAAUUGCAACACCAGUGACACCAGCUAUAACAAUAUCAAGCCCAUCUGCAGUGCAAUUUGAAGUGUCUCAACUUGCCAAAGAAGACAACACUACUACUCCUGCCUUAAAUACUAAUGCAAAUCCAGAUACCACAAAAUUCGUAAACAUUGAUUUGGACUUUGUUUUAACAAGCCGCGAUUCUGUGGCCAUCGCCCAGGAAGAAAAUGUCACUUCUGUUGAAGGUUUUAGUGAUGGAGAGCUUUUCCCUCAGACUCAGUUCAGUGCUCGAACUGGGAAUGUGGCUGAUUUGUCAAUUAUCGAGUCACAGAUAAACAAUGAACAAGAAAUGGUUCAUGUCACACCAGUAAGCAAUGUACAAGAGACUAAUUCAAAUACAAAAUCAAGCAAUGGUCAAAUCACAGCUUCAGAAAGUAACAAAGGCAAUGGCCAAGUUACAGAGCCUGAAGUUGACAUGGACAGAGCUCAAGAGAUAGACCUUGAAGCACAUAUAAGCAGUGCUAACAACGAUGAAGUAACUGGCCUUCUUACAGAUUCUGGGAGCUUUCUCACAGAUAAUAAUGCAUUAACGUUAAGCAAUGAAAGUACCAAUGAAAUCAGGGGAAGGAUCAUGCCAAACGCAGAAGAGGUAACUGCUCGCCGUCUCGCAAAUAUUGCUCGUUCUAAGGUUCCAAAUAUACCAUCUACAACAACCCCUACUACUUCUAUACCGACAGUAACUACGCAUGCAACGACAGAACAUAUUUCAGCUUUUUCAACAGAGCAGGGAAAUUUAGGACUUGAGAAUAGACAGCAACAAGUAACGUUACAAAGCGACCCAGUGCCUAUUCAUUCAAUUGCACAAGUUUUCCAAAGUAUUUCAAGAGCUGCUAUCAGGAAUGUGGCUCAAGCAGCAGCAUUGUCACAGUUUCAGAGCAAACAUUCCGGGGUGCCAUCAGCAUAGCUUUGCAAACACGGAAGUGAGCGGCCUAUGGUCUCUGAUUAUGACAAUUAAUGGAGCAGGUGGUGACUUUCUUGAAAGAGAUGAAAAUCUUUGUUGUUGCAUUGUAAUUUUCUGUAGCAUAUUUUCCGUAUGUGGUUUGCUAUUUAUUACUUUAAUACCCUGAAAACAAGUUUUCUUUGGCAAAAUAUUAGAGUACCACUGAAAUAUUAAAUCUUGAGAUAUAGAUAGUACAAUUUCUACUUUACUUGAGAAGCCCUUUUAUUAUUAGUUUUAAAAAGUAACCGUAACCGAUUUUGUGCAUUUUAUCGUUUUGGUAACCUGUCUUUCCGCAUAAUAGUACCCCAGUAAUUUUGGUUUAAAAGUGCAUCACAUUCAAGAUUAAGAGCCGCAUUUCUGUUUCCGAGUUCCUUGUCUUUAAGAUGCUGAAAUUUCUGUGAACAUGUCAUGAGGAAGUAAAACAGGCUGAACAGUGUGGUGGAAAGGAGAUUAUACUGCUUUUGUCAGUUGUUCAAUAUUUUCUAUAUUUCCGACACUGUUUGUAACCACCCAUGCUUGUAGUGUAUUCAAGCACAAGUUUUGUAAUGGAUGAAACAUAAAUUGAAAUUCUUCCCGAAGUUAAUUCAGUUUUCUUGACCUAUUAAUCUUCGUUUUAGAUCGAAAUAGGCAAUACCCGGGUUACGAUGGGGAUUCUGUUCUUGAGACGUGUCGAAAGCCGAAAAUCGUCAUAAGCCAGAACAUCGUGAAAAAUCCUAAGAAAACCUUACUUUUAAUGCUUUGGGUGCAUUGAAAACUAUGUAAACUGCAUUCUUAUUCAUUUUUCAUACAAAAACCUUCAAAUAUUGAUUAUUUUGCAUUUUUAGUGUCAUAUUUCAUCUGCCAGAUCAGCGUUGUAGGUGUUGUAACCCUGGAACAUACGUCGUAACCCUGGAAAUAAUGUCUGAUGAAUAUAAUUGAGAAGCACCUUAACCUCAGAACAUCGUAAGCCAAACCCGUCGUAACCCGGGGACUGCCUAUUUUGAAUUAAAUCUAUCAA